CGCUGUCUCAGUGCAGGCAGCUAACUCGCCCUUGCACGCGUAAUCAGAAACAAUUAGUCACGGAUGUACGAAAGUCAUACGUGCGAGAGGGAGUUGUGGUCUAUAAAGCGUUUCUGUGAGUACCGUUGAUCUCAGAAAAUCAUACCUCGCGCAGACCAAUAUGACCAACGACGUGACGACGACGACUCCCACUUGGCGAGAGAUUGGCCGCAAGAAGCGUGAGCAGGUUCGUGCAUCGCUUCCCACGCAAUGGUGUCUUUCAAAUGUCCCCUCCGCGCAAGAAGAACCCAAUGCACUGGCUUUCUCCCGAACACAUCUCUCUGCCAGAGAGAUUGAGAUCACAGAGCACUACUCUGCGAGCCAACUCUUGCAGCUCCUGGCAAACGGCAGCCUUUCGGCGACUGAAGUUCUCGAGGCAUUCGCUCACCGUGCCACGAUCGCCCAUCAACUGACCAACUGUCUAAGCGAAGUCUUCUUCGACGAGGCUAAAGCUCAAGCUCAGCGACUGGACCAAUAUUACGCCGAACAUGGCAAGCCCAUUGGCCCGCUGCACGGUUUGCCCGUGUCGUUGAAAGAUCAAUUCCGAGUCAAAGGUGUCGAGACGUCGCUUGGAUACAUUUCGUGGCUGGGCAAAGUCGAGACCGAAGAGAGCGAGUCCUGGCUCGUAUCACGACUCCGAGAAAUGGGAGCUGUCCUCUACUGCAAGACGAAUGUUCCUUCGAGCUUGAUGGCUAUUGAAACCAACAAUAAUAUCAUUGGGUACACCACCAAUGCCCACAAUCGAUUAUUGUCAUCAGGUGGAUCUUCGGGAGGAGAGGCUGCAUUGUUAGCCAUGCGAGGAAGCAUUCUCGGGCUUGGAUCAGAUGUUGGUGCCUCAAUCCGCCAACCCAGCGCCUACAACGGCAUCGUCGGCAUCAAACCCACAUCCACUCGAUUCCCCUACCUAGGAAUCGCCAACAGCAUGGAAGGCCAAACAAUCGUGCGCUCCUCAAUCGGCGUCAUGGGCCACACCAUCCCCGACCUCCGCCUCCUCACAAAAACCAUCCUCUCUCUCGAACCCUGGAACUCAGACCCCAACGUCGUCCCAAUCCCCUGGCGCCAAGAAAUGGAAACACAAAUCCGUGACAAGAUCCGAGAGAAAAACCUCGUAUUCGGUGUGAUUCGCAAUGAUGGAAUCGUCACUCCUCAUCCGCCGAUUUUGCGGGCGGUUGAUGAGACGGUCGCUGCGCUGAAAGCGAAUGGGUAUAAGGUCAUCGAAAUCUCUCCACCCUCCCACUCCGAAGCCUUCCAAAUCCUCUGGAACACCUUCGCCGCCGACGGCGGAACAGAAAUCCACUCCACCCUCACCCAAUCCGGCGAACCCCCCGUCCCCGAACUCGCAAUCUCAUACGGAGAAAAACUCGGCCACCUCCCCCCCACCCCCCUAAACGAAACCUGGACCCUCACCACGCAAAAACACGCCUACGAAACCCGCUACGCCGCCUUCUGGCGCGCCCACGACCUCGACGCGAUCAUCUGUCCCGCGGCGCCGACGCUGUCGCACAGACCCGGCGAGGGAAGGUAUUUUGGGUAUACGGGGGUGUGGAAUGUUUUGGAUUAUUCGGCUGUGACGGUGAGGAGUGGACGAAGGGCGGAGAAGGAGGGGGAUGAUGGGAAGAUAAAGACUAAAGAGGGUUUGGAUGGGGAGGUUAUGGGGCAGUAUGAUCCGGAAUUAUUCGAUGGGAUGCCGAUUGGUUUGCAGGUUGUUUGUCGGAAGUUUGAAGAGGAGAAGGUGCUUGCGAUUGCGGAGGAGGUUGAGACUAUAUUGCUCGGGAAGGAUUAGAGUCGAGUUACUCAAGCGGAUUGAAGAAGAAGAGAAUGUUUUCCAUUGU